AUGUCGUACGCUCCACCUUACGGCGACCCCUACGCCCGCCCUCCUUCAGAUCGUCCUCCUUACGAUCGUCCCCCAUACGACCCUUAUGGCCGCCCUCCCGCGGACCCAUAUGCUCGACCUCCCUCUGAUCGCCCCUAUGAGCAGCCCCCGUAUGAUGGCGGCCGCCCAGCAUACGACCGCAGCCCCUACAGUGCCCCUCCACCUCUGGCGCGACCCCCGCCAGGACCCCCACCUCCUCUGCCCCAGGGUUGGGUGCAGGAAUGGGAGCCCAGUGCGCGCCGCGCUUUCUGGGUAGAGCAAUCCACUGGCCGCUCCCAAUGGGAACAGCCUUCUUACCAGCCUGCCUACGCUGGCUACGAUGAUGGCUCGCGCAGUGUGCCUCCUCCCGGCCCUCCCCAGGGCGGCUACUAUGCGCCACCUCCUGGUCCGCCUCCCGUUCCCUACGACAACCGCCCCGAUUACUACCAAUCCCAGGAGCAGGCUCCUGAGAAGAAGAGCAGCAACGCUGGAAAGUACCUUGCUGCUGGUGCCGCUGGUUUGGCUGUCGGUGGUCUUGCUGGUGCUUUCAUUGAACACGAGCGUGACGAGGACUCUGAGAAGUCUGACCUCGAAGAGGCAUAUGAAGAAGGUCGUCGCGACGAGGCCUAUGAGGAUGAUGGCGGUGGUUUCUUCGACUAA